AUGAGUCCGUCGCACCACCAGCAGGCCAAUUCGGUGGAGAGGCGGGUGCAGGAAAUCAAGAAGAUGCUCCGCGCCGCCCUCAUAGACAAGCCGGAAGCUGAGUGGGAGCGGCAUAUACCGGUAAUAGUGUUUCACUUACGAACACGGGUGAACGCGUCUACGGAAAUGACUCCUAGUGAACUGCUGCUGGGAUAUGAAAUUCCCAAGCCCGGAGAAUGGGCUACUCCUGCGCAGCACUCACGAAGGACUAAUAACCAGAAUCGGCAGGCUAGGAUAGAAAGAGCCAAUCAGAUGGCCGAGCGUUACAGAGAAAGGAUUUUUCCGAAUCGCGACGAACAGCCAAAGGCGAAUUUCCGGCCAGGAGACUGGGUACUUUGCCGAAAUUCAGAGUUAAUCAGGAAAAAUUUCGGCCAGACCUGGUCAGUCCCUUCUCGAGUGAUCCGGAAAUUGGGGGUAAAUACGUACAUCGUGAACCGUGGCGGUCAAGAUCGCACGAUACAUAUUAAUGACUUGCGGUUAGCGCCUCCUCCGAGACCGGGCCAGGAUCAUCUAGAUCCGAGGCAUCCGGAAUUAGAUCCCUAG